UUAAGUAAAUGAUUAAACUUAUUAAACAUAUUAGGUAUUUCAUCUUUUAAUACACGCAACAAUGCAUAAUGCAGUAUACUUGAAGUCAUAUUCCGAUUUGACGGAGUUUGAAGAAAAGGGUGUUUUGAAAUUGCGACUGGAAUCAUUGGUUACUUUUUGUAUUUACACUAGCUGUUCUCCGAAAGAAGUGAAUUUGUUUUUAAUACCCUUCGAGAACGAUGAGGAUACGACUGAACUGAGUGUCCAGUUUGACGGAAUUGUCGACUUUAUAGCAGCGGAAGACGUACCGUGGUCAGUAGCAUUAUGCUCGUAUCCUGUGGUGUUUUGCGAAGAUACCGUUGUGACAGGGCUGUGCGCCGUAGCACGGCACAUCUGCAAGUACAGGACCACCAGCCCGAGCCCACAGGAACACGAGGAGGGUCUCCUAGGAUUCCGCAAGAGUUGUCUUCAAGCUCCUAAUGAAGUAUCCAUUUGGACGAAAUUUUGUGAAGUUGACCUUUUCAAAACUGUCUCAGAACUGCUCAGUAUAACCUCGCUUCAGGAAAUCCCAAGCAAUCUCGUCAGAUUUGAAAACCACUUGAACAAACCUGUCCGAAUACACAAUGUGUAUAAAGUUGCAAGAAAUAUUAAAAAAGAAAGUUUAGAUAAAACUAAAGAUAAUGAAAAUGUUAACACUGAAAGCAAGGAAGAGAAAGUGGUUGAAAAUAGGAAACCCAAAACUAGAAAAUGGAAAUCAAAUACAAAGAAGGAAUUAGAAGUAGAUUGCAGCACCAAGAUAGAAGACCUGGAUGUCAAUCACCAGUUUGCAGAAGGGCCUUUCCUGACAUUAGCUGACUUGAUAUUGCUACCACUAUAUUACAUUAUAACUAGUAAAGUCUCAGAAAGUACAAUAGAAUCUAUCCUACCUCUGACCCAUAAAUGGUAUAAAACUAUUACAAGCAUCCCAGAAUUUAAAACUACAUUAGAUUUGUUGAGAGGACUAAACAGCAAGCCAUUAUGUGUAGAAAAUAUAUCCUGCCCAGAAAUGAGUGAUGUUAGUCUUUACAAAUGUGACCCAAAGAGACAUAAUCCAAAAAAGAGAUUGUUCACAAAGGAGGAUGACAUAGAAAAUGCUCUGAGUGCACUUGUAGACGGGAUGGAGCUGAAUGUUCAAAGUAAUGAUCUGGAAAUAGGAACAAUCAAGUGGAAUGAUAUACCAGAAGGAGCCAACCCAACAGCAGGUCACCUGCCCGAUGACAGAAUGGCUAGAAAGACUCAGCAGCUUGAAAACUUAGCCCUUGCUGUGAUGAGCAUAUCAGCAGAUGGGGACUUAAUAGUUGAUUUCUGCUGUGGCAGUGGCCAUCUAGGAAUACUAUUAGCUUACCUACUACCUAAAUGCACAAUAAUUCUACUAGAAAACAAAGAACAGUCUUUAAUGAGAGCAAGGAAAAGAGUGCAUGAAAUGGGGUUGAAAAAUGUUUACUUCUAUCAAUGUAAUUUAGACUUUUUCAUUGGAAAGUUUGAUGUUGGUAUUGGACUUCAUGCAUGUGGUAUUGCUAGUGAUUUAGUUUUAGAUAAGUGUUUGAAAGCAAAUGCUAAGUUUGUGCUCUGUCCAUGCUGUUAUGGCUCUCUGCAUGCUACAGACAGGUUGGUUUAUCCCAGAAGUAGCAAAUAUGAGAAAUUGCCAAUUGACAAGUAUCUAUGUAUCGGCCACGCUGCUGACCAAACACAUGAAGAUCAUCCGUUAGCAGUGAGAGGUGCUCGCUGCAUGGCAGUCAUAGAUUCUGACAGAGGACACUUAGCACUUGAAUCAGGAUACAAAGUCACCCUAUCCAAAUUAACACCAUUGUCAUGUACACCUAAGAAUAACUUGCUUGUUGGAAUACCAUCAUGACAAAAUAAAUGAACAUGUUAUAAUAUA